UGUGCGGAGGCCGCCGAGCAGCUGCAGCCGCCGCCGCGCAGAUCCACGCUGGCUCCGUGCGCCAUGGUCACCCACAGCAAGUUUCCCGCCGCCGGGAUGAGCCGCCCCCUGGACACCAGCCUGCGCCUCAAGACCUUCAGCUCCAAGAGCGAGUACCAGUUGGUGGUGAACGCAGUGCGCAAGCUGCAGGAGAGCGGCUUCUACUGGAGCGCCGUGACAGGCGGCGAGGCGAACCUGCUGCUCAGCGCCGAGCCUGCCGGCACCUUCCUCAUCCGCGACAGUUCGGACCAGCGCCACUUCUUCACGCUCAGCGUCAAGACCCAGUCGGGGACCAAGAACCUGCGCAUCCAGUGCGAGGGGGGCAGCUUCUCGCUGCAGAGCGACCCCCGGAGCACGCAGCCCGUGCCCCGCUUCGACUGCGUGCUGAAACUGGUGCAUCACUACAUGCCGCCCUCCGGCGCCCCCUCCUUCUCGCCCCUGCCUGAACCCUCCUCCUCCCCCUCCUCCGACGUGCCCGAGCAGCCGCCCGCCCAGCCCCUCCCGGGGAGUCCCCCUAGGAGAGCCUAUUACAUCUAUUCGGGGGGCGAGAAGAUCCCUCUGGUGUUGAGCCGGCCCCUAUCCUCCAAUGUGGCGACUCUCCAACAUCUCUGUCGGAAGACGGUCAACGGCCAUCUGGACUCCUAUGAGAAAGUCACCCAGCUGCCUGGGCCCAUUCGGGAGUUCCUGGACCAGUACGAUGCCCCGCUUUAAAGACCAAAGUGCAGGGGUCGGGGCGAGGGACCCAGGUCCCCUCUCCCCCGUGGCACAUGGCACAAGCACAAGAAUCCUGCCGCGAGAGUCCUGCAGCUCUGGGCGAGCCAGGGGGCGGACAGGCCCCUCCCUCUGGCCCUCCCCCCGACCCCGCAGAACGGGGUGGGCAGGACCAGGAAUGUGUUUGAGGGGAGGGGGAGACACCUGAGCGCCCCUCCCCCACUCCAGCUUCUCCGGAGGAGCCAGCGGGCUCUGGGGGACAACAGCAGCGACAGCAGUGGAUUCUCUCUCCUCUCCGCUUCCUCGACACCCCCUGGCCUUCCAAACGGGGGACACUGCGGGAGUGCUGAACUAGUGAGAACUGCCGGGGAAUCUUCGAACUUUCCAACGGAACUUGUUUGCUCUUUGAUUUGGUUUAAAACAGAGCUUUAAACCUGAGCAGGUCUGGGGCCUGGAAAAGGGUGGAUUUGGACGAGAGAGGGUGCCUCAGGGGCCCAGGGCUGCAGGCUGGCCAAGGAAAUGGCCACUCCCACCGCCCAGCUCAGGUGAGGAGGGUGGCUGCCUGCUCCACCCCUGGCUCAGGGGAGGAGGGCAAGGGGUGACCUGAAGGGGGCUUUUCUGCUCCCACCCCCGACUCCUCCCCCUCUCCCUUGGGACAGCCACCAGGAACACAGGUCCUAGAGUCCAACUAGUGUCUGAGAGCCCAGGGCCCUUCCCCCGUUUUAAGGGGGCGGUGGCAUUUGAAGGGGGAUGGAUGGGCUGGUCAGUUGUUCUUCUUUCCCCACCCAUGCUAUUCCUUCCAGCACCUGGUGGGUGGGGGGAGGAUGGAAAAGAUGAGCCACCUUUGACCCCAGACCCAGGACAGAGAAGAUGGGAGAUUCUACUUUGUGCCUCCUGACUAUCUGGCUAGGAGAUUUGCCUUAAAUGCUCUCUGUCCCAUGGAUAGGGACUGGCACACAAGAAGCCACACACUCGCCAAUCCAGGCAGAGGCCAAGGAAUUCUCGGAGGGGCUCACCAUUUGGCUGGGGGGGGGUUGGAGAUGGGUGGGGGGGGCAGGGAUCCACGCCUUCCAGCUGAAGGCAGGAAGGAUACUAGCCCAGUUGGUAUUGCCCGGUCAGUGGUUCCUGGGCUGUGGCCAGAGCAGAGCCACCAAGUCCCACAGCCCCUCAGACCCUGCACAGCCCUCCCUCCUCACUUUGGGGGACUGGCACAGGCAGGAAGUCGGCGAGAGGCCCUGCCACCCAGCUGCUCCCGCUCUGCAAUAGCACUGAUCAGUGAAAACUUACAGGAAUGUAGCGGCGAUGGAAUUACCUGGAACUGUUCUUUUUUGGGGGAAAACUAAGCAAACACAAAGUUUUCUGUGUCAGGUAUUGGGCUGGAUGGGGCAGCUGUGUG